AUGGGGGCAAAAUGGACAUGGUCCAAAGAAGCGGACGAGGCGUUUGAUAACAUUAAAUCGAUAUUAUCGUCCAAACCAGUACUCGACCACUACGACCCGUCGGUACCAAUUAAAUUAAUGGUAGACGCGUCAUCAUUCGCUAUCGGCGCGGUUAUAUCACAGGUAUACGGCAACGCCGAAAAACCAGUAGCCUAUGCAUCGCGCGUCUUAUCAGAAGCGGAACGCAAAUACCCGCAAAUUGAAAAAGAGGGGUUAGCGAUAAUAUACGGCGUUCAAAAAUUCUACGACUACUUGUACGCACGAAAAUUUACUUUAAUCACUGACCAUAAACCACUCUACCACAUUUUCGGGGAAAAGAAAGGUAUACCAAUUUACGCGGCUAAUAGAAUACAGAGGUGGGCGUACGUACUAACAGCAUUCGACUUUGACAUUUCGUUUGUUAAAUCAGGGAAGAACGCAGCGGAUUUCUUAUCGCGCAUAAGAAUAGGCACAGCAGACAGAGUGUCUACGGCGCCGCAGUGUCUAAACUUUAUAUACGACAACUGUCCGUUCAACGUUAAUUGGGUCAAAAUAAAAACACAAACACGAACCGAAAAAAUCUUAUCGCAGGUAAUUAAGGCUAUCAACACAGGCGAUUGGCCAACAGGCGCGGAUAAAAAUGAAUCGCUUAAGUCAUAUUACACGCGGCGCCACGAAAUUUCAACCGAACAGGACUGCUUGAUGUGGGGGUACAGGGUGAUUAUGCCAAGUAAGUUCAGGGAGGCCCUGUUGACAGAAUUGCACUCCACGCACGCGGGAAUGAGCUGCAUGAAGGCGAUCGCGCGUUCAUAUUUUUGGUGGCCGGGGAUCGAUAAUGAUAUUGAAAACAAGGCGCGCAAAUGCGAAAAUUGUAUACAGGUUAGACCCGCACCACCAAAAGCGGUGCAAACGCCAUGGAAGUGGCCGGAACAAGUGUGGACGCGCAUACACGUAGACUUCUUAGGGCCUUACAAAAAUAAAAAUUUUUUAAUAGUAGUCGACGCGACUUCAAAAUGGCUCGAAGUGUUCGAGGUAAGCACGAGUACGGCGUCAGUGGUAAUCGGAAAAAUGCAAGAACUUUUUGCUCGUUUCGGUGUCCCCAAGUCCAUUACCACCGAUGAAGCCAAGUGUUUCACAGGUACGGAAUUCGGUACGUUCUGCGUCAACGGAAACAUAAAACACUUGGUGGGAGCUCCGUUUCACCCGGAAACAAACGGGGCAGCCGAAUCAGGGGUUAAAAUAAUAAAAAAUUUUUUUAAGAAAAACCAAACCACCAGCGCGACACUAUUACAGAAGUUCCUGUUAUUUUAUCGAAACACACCGCACUCGACAACGCGCCAGACCCCGGCAAAAUUAUUACUAGGACAUAGCACCCGAACACAGUUCGAUAUACUGAUUCCCAACACAAAAGACGUGGUUAGCGAUCACCAGGAUUCCCAAAUCAAACGUCACGGUAAACGACAGCACGAAAUCCAACAGGGAGACACCGUGGCCGUGCGUGAUUAUCGGACGAAUGAAAAUAAGUGGUCGAUAGGAACCGUUACGAAAAAUGUGGGAAAACAAGCGUUUGAGGUGGACACUGAGGCGGGCACAUGGAAGCGACACAUAGACCAGACCAUUAAAAUACCAAAUAGGGACUCAGAAGUGUUGGAAGUCGAAUGUAGCGAAAACCCAUCCAACCCAAGGGGGGGACUAGUUCCAGAGGGGACCGGGAGGGAUACAGACGGGUCAGACAGGGAAACCGAGACAAUCUCAACCGGACAUUCGCGCCCGACUAGAAUGAAAAGAUCGCCCGACCGCUAUACAACAAUAGAUUUCAGGAAAUAA